AUGAACGCACAUACCAUUUAUCAGCUCUUUAGCGCGUCCUAUCAUUCCGAUCGUAAUAUACGAAAGCAAGCCGAGUUACAAAUAAAACAGGUUGAAACAACACCUGAGUUCUUUCCAAUUCUUAUACAGUUAGUGGGCUCUGAAGAGUUGGAACUUGGGGCACGACAAGCAAUUGCGAUAUAUCUCAAGAAUCGGAUUCGAAAAUCAUGGAAUACCGAUAGCGAAACACAAUCCAGUAGCGCUAUCCCAAUUUCGAAGGACGAUCGCGAAACAUUUAAACGCAUGAUAUUACAGAUACUUGUAAAUACACAAAAUGUAGUAAGAAUACAACUUCUUGAAUGUUUGAAUAAUGUGUUAACUUACGAUUUUCCGGAAAACUGGCCAGAUUACAUGAACCAAGUUCACUCGCUUGUCGCGUCAAAUGAUCCACGUGUGGUCUAUAUUGGACUAUUGUCUUUGUUUCAAGUCGUUAAAGUAUUCCAAUGGAAAACCCAUGAAUUACGAGGUCCGCUCGUAGAAAUAAUUCAGACCACAUUUCCGGCGAUCCUUCAGAUUGCCCAAAAUCUUGUUAAUGAAAAUAGUGUAGAUGCGGCCGAAAUGUUAAAAGUCAUAUUCAAAAUUUAUAAUUCGGUGAUUCAGUACGAAUUAAUUGCAACAUUACAAGAUAACAACUCGCUGAUACCUUGGUGCACAAUAUUCAUGCAAAUGAUCGCGAAACCGUUACCUGAAACCUCGUUACCUGAAGAUUUUGAAGAUCGUGAAUCUUAUCCAUGGUGGAAAGUGAAAAAGUGGGCAUUUCGCAUUCUGAAUCGUUUAUUUUCAAGAUAUGGAAACCCUGCACAACUUCCCAAGACCUCCAAAGAAUAUAAAGCAUUCGCUGAGAAUUUUGUGCAUAAUUUUGCGCCGCAGAUUCUUCGCGAGUAUUUACAACAAACCGAUUUAUGGAUUCAAAAAAAACAGUGGCUUAGUAAUAAAGCAUUGUUUUAUUUGGCGGAUUUUUAUAAAGAUGCUAUAACCCACAAAACAACAUGGCAAAUAUUUAAAGCACAUAGUGGAAAAAUAGUUUCAGAAUUUAUAUUUCCUCAACUAUGUUUCUCUGAACUGGAUCAAGAGCUAUGGGACGAAGACCCCGUUGAAUACAUACACAAGAAAAUUGACCCAUUUGAAGAUUUAACCUCCCCAUCGAUAGUUGCUACCACUUUACUUAUGGAUUUGGCAAAAUACCGAAAAAAAUAUACCUUUACCGGAAUUCUAAGCUUUGUCAACAGUGUUUUGAACACGUAUCUCGAAGCUUCACCUGAAGCUAAAGAUCCUCGUGCCAAGGACGGUGCUUUGAGUAUGGUUGGAUGUCUUGCAGACAUGGUGUUGCGUAAAAAAUCUGAUAUGGCACACUUGAUGGAAGGGUUUUUUACGACACAUGUGUUCCCGGAAUUUCGAAGUCAAUAUCCUUUCUUGAGGGCUAGGGCAUGUGACACUUUGAUCAAAUUUAGCAAUCUUGAAUUCCAAAACCAGUCAAAUCUUGUUACGGCAUUUCAAGGAAUCACUGGGUGUAUGCAAGAUCCUGAAUUACCUGUUAAAGUACAAGCCGCAUUAGGAUUGCAAAGUUUACUACACCAUGAUUUCGUUAAAGAUGCGUUGGUUCCUAAUUUACAAAUGGUUAUGCAAGAAUUAUUGAAUUUAACAAAUCAAAUUGAUCUUGAUACACUAACAACUGUCACGGAAGAAUUUGUUGAAGUAUUCUCAGCAGAACUGACGCCUUUCGCAGUACAGUUAUGUGAGCAAUUGCGCAAUACAUUCCUACGUCUUUUAAAAGACUUAGAAGACACAUCAUACAAUAUCGAUGAUGAUGGCUUGGGUGCAGUAGACUUUGAUGAUGUAGCGAAUGACAAAACCAUGGCAGCAACUGGAUUGCUAAAAACAAUAAGCACCUUAAUUCUAAGUUUGGAUACUACACCCGAGGUAUCAUCCGAAUUACAAAAUACACUAUUGCCAGUCAUCACAUAUACAUUACAGAAGGGAUUGGUUGAUUUAUAUGACGAAGUAUUUGAUAUUAUCGAUAGUUGCACAUUUUCAACCAAACAAAUAUCGCCGACAAUGUGGAGUGUGUUUGAAUUGAUUUAUCAGACGUUUAAAACUUCUGGUAUUGACUACCUGGAAGAAAUGCUGCCCCCAUUGGACAAUUAUAUCUCAUAUGGAACAGAAGUCUUUGUACAGAAUCCAAAUCUGCAGGCCAAGAUCUAUGACAUUAUCGAAACGGUAAUGAAAAGUGAUCGAUUAGGCGAGACUGAUCGCGUCUCUGCAUGCAAGCUUAUUGAAUCCGUUUUGCUUAAUUGCCGUGGUCAUGUGGAUCAUUACGUUGAACUAUUUCUUGCUCUUUCUUUUGAAUUUCUUGGCCAAAUAGAGGAAAUAUCAAGUGUUGCGUUUAAAGUGUAUUGUAUAGAAGUCGUAGUAAACGCUCUAUUCUACAAUCCUCUAAUCACACUACGCAUUCUUGAAGAACGCGGUUUCACACAAGGAUUUUUCACGAUAUGGUUUAAUAAUCUCGACAAAUUUACUCGUGUUCACGAUAAAAAACUAGUUAUAGUGACUUUGUGUUCCUUGAUUGAAAUCCCGAUGGAGCAAUUGCCUUCUGCUUUACUCGCUGUAUGGCCUCAAGUUCUUGAGGGAAUUUUGAGUACAUUUAAAACUUUACCAAAGGCAGAAGCUGCUCGGCAAGAGAUAAAAAGGUACUUUGAAAACACAGACUCUGACGAUGAUACAAAUGUUGCAAAACUAAAUGAUGACGAAGAUGUGCGAGAUGAAGAUACUGAAUAUCUGGAAUUCCUAAAUGAAGAGGCCACUAAACACGCUAAUGAACAAGAUGAGGAAACUGAUCAAGAUAUGGAAGAAGAGGCGUUAUUUGAAUCACCUUUAGACGACAUAGAUGUAUACAUUAGAUUCCAAGAAGUAUUCAUAGCGGAUGACCAACGAAAAGAGCUACAACGGACAGAAAAUGGAAAAAAAUAA